AGGAGCCCAGCGCAGAUCAAACUGUGUGUAAUGACUGUUCCCCAGGCUUCUAUUCCACUAUGUGUACUAUCCAGUGUCUGCAGUGUCCAGAAGGAAGUUACUGUCCAGACAGUGGUAUGUCCCAGCCGCUCCCCUGUCCGCCUGGUUGGUCUUCCACACCUGCACAGACUCACUGCCUUAGCUGUAAUGAUACGUCUUCGCUGUGUGGAGAAGCUGUGGCCCCCCGCUGGAGCCAGCCGGUCCACAGGUCCAGUCAAACGAUCACCUGUCGACCAGGAACGUACAAAGACACAAAGGAAGAGUCGGUAUGUGUGGUUUGUCCAGUAGGUUAUUACUGUGUGGGAGGUGCAGCUGUACCCUGCCCUGCAGGGACUUAUGGCCCUAAAGAAGGUCUGCAGAGGCUGACCGACUGUGCAAUCUGUCAUGCAGGGUUCUACUGUCUGGAAGGCAGCUCCCAGAGACCCACCUCCCAGUUCCUGUGCCCACAGGGCUAUUACUGUGUGGAGGGCACAGCCACCCCUCACGAGUCACCUUGCCCUGCUGGUACAGCGGGGGAACAACUGGGCCAGACAAGUAGGGCAGCAUGCAAGAGAUGUAGAGAGGGACGCUUCUGUCCCGCAGGAUCAUCUGCGCCAGGCUUUCCCUGUGCACGGGGGAGAUACUGUCCUGCUGGUACCUUGGAAGAAGUGAUAUGUCCUCGAGGCACCUUCACCCCUCAUCAAGGAGCAAUAAGCAAGUCUAAAAGCCAUUUUAUUUAUUUGUUAAACUCCCUAAUCAUUAAGUAA